AUGUUCCUCCAGGUGACGAUCUCCUUGCUGCUUGCUUAUUUCCUGUGGUCGCUCGUUCGCUUCAUCCACAACUACAAUGAAGCCAAAAAGAUCGGCCUGCCGAUGCUCAUCACUCCAAUCAAUCCUUCAGGCCCGUUAUGGAUGUUGACCAAGGAUUUCCUGAUACCGAUCGUGUCCCGGCUGCCAUUUGGCCUCGGAGACUGGGCCAUCCGGGGCGAAAUGGGUUGGACUUUCUACGUGAAAUAUGCCAUCCACGCCAAACACGGAGACGCCUUCAUCAUCGCCGGGCCAGGAGAGAAUGAUAUCGUCGUAGCCGACCCGGCGGCGACGGAGGAUGUCAUGCGCCGACGCAACGACUUCAUCAAGAACCCGGCCAUGUACGGUAUGCUGGACAUUUACGGUCCCAAUCUCGAUACCGUCAACGGCAAGGUGUGGGAUCGACAUCGCAAAAUCACCGUGCCGCCCUUCAAUGAACAGAACAGUGCUCUUGUCUGGCGGGAGGCGGGAGAGCAAGCCGAGCAGAUGCUCGACGUGUGGACCAGAAGGGAUGCCGUGAGGAGCACCCAACCCGAUGUCCAUGCCCUGGCCUUGAACGUCCUCUGUGGUGCCGGGUUCGGAGCGCACAGCGGGUUCGUGGAUGCCACACUGCCAUCAUCGUCAUCGGAUGGCGACGAUUCGUUUUCGUCUUCCUCUCCCUCGACCUCGACCAACCUGAAAUUGGGCUAUCGAGAGUCUCUCCGGAUGUUGUUGGCCAAUAUCGUCCAACUGGUCUUCCUCGCGCUCCUCAAGAGAGGUGGGUUUCCCGACUGGUUGCUCUUUGGCAGCAUGAAGAAGCUUUCCGUCGCGUACGAGGAAUUCCGAGCAUAUAUGUCCGAGAUGCUCGCACGAGAAAAGCGCGCCUUCGAGCAGGGGGACGUUUCCAGACAUAACCUGCUGAGUGAGAUGGUUCGGGCCAUGGAGGGUUCAGGUUCAGCUGUCGGAGGAGGACCAGGAGGAGGAUUAACGGAUGAAGAAGUCUACGGUAACUUGUUCAUCUACAAUCUCGCGGGACACGAUACGACGGCGGCAACUCUUCAUUUCGCCCUAACGUUGUUGGCCGUGUACCCACAAUGGCAGACAUGGAUCGCCGAGGAGAUCGAUGCUGUUCACAAGGCCGACACGUCCGGGCUGUUCUACUAUGAAGAGACGUUUCCAAAGCUCACGAGGGUCCUGGCAUUGAUGUACGAAACGGUCCGCCUCUAUGGUCCCGUGGUCCUCAUGCCGCGCUACACCGCCGACUCCGCACAAAGACUUGUCAUCCAAGGCAAAGAGCAUAUCAUACCGCCUCGAACAACGAUAUUGCUGAACUUCGCAGCUCUGCACAGACAUCCGGAAUACUGGGGCCCCGACGCCGACGAGUUUCGACCGGAUAGAUGGAUCACCGAUACUAGCGAUUCAGGAGCAGGACCAAGUAAUGACAGUACCAGUCCACUGUUGUUCCAGCCGGAACCUGGAUCCUUUGUGCCGUGGAAUCUGGGUCCGAGAAUCUGUCCGGGCAAAAAGUUCUCCCAAGUCGAGUUCACGCGUGUGAUUUUCACCUUGUUCGCCCAUGGUUCCAGGGUGCAGUUGGCGCAAACCACAGCCAAAGGGGCAGUACAGGACGGGGAAACUGAAACUGAAACUGAAACUGAAACUGGACAGGAGGCCGAAGCCAAGGCUAGAGCAUUAGCAUUGCGCAUUGUCGACGAAGCCAAAGUCGAAGUCACCCUGAAAAUGGUCAACCCCGAACGGAUUGCGUUGAAGUGGGUGAAGCAGUCGUAAGUGGGAUACUCGACGCUCGACACUCGACGGGUUGGGACUGCGACGCUGAAGUCAACGCGCUACAUUAGUUACAGCACUGCAGUCCAGCCUCGUGCUUACCUUUUGGAUCCAAUCCGGAAAAAUAACCCAGGUUCAAUGGAAACCACCACGCCUAAGCUGUUGGCUCCAGGUGCGGUUGCAGCUGGCGCACAUGUAUGCUAUGUACAUGAUAUGAUGAAAGGGUCAGGGGUCACAGCCUUCUCCCAAGCUUGCCUCGACUUAUCCUCCGGCGGCUUAGAUUGCUCGCAAAUGGUUCAAUUUUCUGACGCAAGCAAAACUGCGGAACACCACCUAUCCGGCCGGUCCAUGACAUGGAAGCGAUCUACUGAGACGGACGGUCUGCGCAGGCUGAUCGCCGAACAUCAAUCUUCAUAGCCAGGCCUAGGAAGUCAUCUGCCGAAGCGAACACAGAUUCAUGGAUCAGUGGAUAGAAAAGGCGAAAAUUGAAGUCUCACCGUCUUCGAAAAAAUCAUGGGAUUGGUGAAAUAGUGAGAUGAAGUACUGACGGUCGAUAGCAUUAUCUAUCCGCUCUGCAAUUCUCGCCAUCUACUUCAAAGGUGC